AUGAUGACCUCGAAUCUGCUCUCACGACUCCUGCCAACGAAUACUACCGGUCGGUCUAUCUACGACGAUCUGCGGGCCCAUGAUGAGGAGUCCGACUUGGAGGAGCAGGCGGGGUUGGCUCUCGACGAAGAGAAUCUUCGAUUUCUCGAUGACGAGCUGGGAAAUGUAGAUGCCUUUGGGGAAGCAAGUCAUAUUACCACUGCAUCCACUGCAUUCCCUCCUGGGCAACCACAAACGAGACCACAUGGAGGCGGCAAGAUCUCAAGAGACAAGUCACAAAACAGAUGGAUGGCACAAUCACCCAGACUGUUGGAGGAAGAUGGAGACGACGAUGUUCCUGCUUCUUUGUUGAUCGAAGGCCACGACCUUCCACCGAAACAUACCCCAACAAAACCCCGGCCAAGGCAAGGAAAGGCUCCAAAGAGCAGUCCUGCUGUGCCGGGACCGUCGAAUAGAGAGACUCGUGCUCAUUGGGAGGCUGCGCAGGCACAGCAACGAUUACAUAGAGAGGAAGAUAUUUCUCCUGGAUUACGAGUGCCCCCUCGGUCCCGUUUCGGACUUCUUAGUGGGGAGGAGAAGGCCUUGUGGAGAUGGUCCAAUGUCACUAAUCUCGAUGUUUUUAUAGAGGACGUUUAUGGAUACUACGUUGGAGCAGGAAUCUGGUGUAUACUGCUUGAGAAGGCUUUGAACUUGGCUCAAAUUACCUUUGUUGCGGUCUUCACAACAUUCCUGACCCAGUGUAUCGAGUACUCGGCGGUACCACAUAGCAAGAAAUUGACUCAGGUACUGGUACCACAGUGCACCAAGAAAAUUUCAGGGAUGCCCAAUGUAGCAAUUUGGUUGUUCACGUUGCACAUUCUAUGGAGGGUCUAUCUGCUUCUAGCCGAUAUUCCCCGCCUAAUGCACAUGCGAGACUUUUUCGUCCACCUCCUCAAAGUUCCCGAUGGAGACAUGCAGACCAUCUCAUGGCAAGACGUCGUGGCGCGGCUUAUGGCCUUGAGGGAUGCGAGUCCUGUCCUAACCGAGAAAAUAUCUCCCAAGGCUCGGAAGUAUUUGGGAAGUCAAUCUAAGCAGAGAUUAGAUGCGCACGAUAUUGCGAAUCGGCUCAUGCGAAAGGAGAACUACCUGAUUGCCAUGUUCAACAAGGACAUCCUGGACUUGACACUACCAUUCCCCUUUUUACAAGGUCGACAGCUUUUCUCAAGGGCCUUAUUAUGGAAUUUGGAUUGGUGUGUCAUGGGGCUUGUGUUCAAUGAUGCCGGUCAAGUCCGGCAAUUGGUAUUGAAGGACGCCAAACGACGAGAGUUGAGUGACGCUCUGCGUGGGCGAUUUCUUUUCGCUGGGUUCAUGAACGUCCUGUUCGCACCAGUAAUUGUGAUCUAUCUCAUGAUCGUGUACUUCCUGAAGUAUUUUAAUGAAUACAAGAAAGAUCCGUCCGCUAUAGGAUCUCGCCAGUACACGCCCCUCGCCGAAUGGAAAUUCCGAGAGUUCAACGAAUUGAACCACCUUUUCCACAAAAGAGUCAAUAUGUCGUACCCAUUUGCAUCCCGAUACCUCGACCAAUUCCCAAAGGUCAAAAUGGUACAAUUCGCCAGGUUCAUGUCUUUUAUCGCGGGAGCGAUAGUAUCUGUACUUGCUGUGGCCACUCUGUGGGAUCCAGAGUCAUUCCUCAGCUUCGACCUCACCUCGGAGAGGACUGUACUGUUCUACCUGACAGUCUUCGGUGGUAUCUGGGCUACUAUGAACGGCAUGAUCCCCGAAGAAAACCUCGUAUUCGAGCCGGAGUAUGCACUGAGACAAGUGAUUGAGUACACCCAUUACAUGCCAACUCAGUGGCAGAACCGACUCCACAGCGAUGAAGUGAAGAGAGAAUUCGCAACACUCUACCAAAUGAAGAUUAUGAUCUUUGUUGAAGAGAUUCUCAGCAUCAUUGUCACGCCUUUCAUCCUCUGGUUUAGCUUGCCGAAAUGCAGCGACCAGAUCAUCGAUUUCUUCCGAGAGUUCACUAUCCACGUUGAUGGUGUCGGAUAUGUUUGCUCAUUUGCCGUCUUCGACUUCAAGAAGGGUGAUGGGAGAAAACCCUUGCAUGGAGGCGGGAAUUCCGACGUCAGAGACGAAUAUUACUCGACCAAGCACGGCAAGAUGGCCAUGUCUUAUUAUGGAUUCCUGGACAAUUACCUGCUCAACCCAAAGACUGCCGUCCAGGGCCAUGUCCCCCCUGCAAUACGUCAUCACCACCGCCCACCGUCUUUCCCAGGACUCAUGUCUCCGACACUGGCAGCUGAGAUGCAGAACUCGCGUAUCGGACGGAGCGAAAAACGACCGAGCAGUAGUCGAGUUCCGGGCGGUCUCCCACAAUCUGCCCGCACUUCAAGAUUCGCCUCGAUAGCAGCUCAAGCCUCACCAAUGCAAUCUAUCCUUCUCGAUCCCCACCAUCAGCCUUCUGGCUCAGGAUUCGGCGGUAAAAGCAUUAGACGCGGAAGCUCCCGAUCUCGCUACCAAGUCCGGCAAAAUAUCGCCGAAGAGCCCAUCCAAGACGAAGAUGACGAAGCAGGCAUUGUUCAUGAGGGACUUGGCUCGGGCAAAUCCUACGAAGGUCACCUUGGAGCAUCGCGAUGGGAAACUUCGCCGACUCGCACACCGGCUAAUGAGCCACUGGACGAUGAAGCGGAGCCACCGGGUGGAGGGGGCGUUUUGGGGCUGUUAUACCAGUUUCAAAAGGCACAAACGGGUGGGCCGGGCGUUAAUAUUUGA